GAGGAGGAGGGGGCGGCGGCUCCGGAGCUAGCGCGCCUGCCCGGCCAGUGGCGGCUGCGACGGCGGCGGAGGCGCUCGGGUGGGCAGGAGGAGGGUCUCCGGGCCGGGGCGGCCGGGCCCCAUGGGCGGGUGUGUGGGCUCCCACCACGACUCCUCGGGCAGCCUGAACGAGAACUCGGACGGCACCGGAGUUGCACUGGGUCGUAAUCAGCCCCUGAAAAAGGAGAAACCCAAAUGGAAAAGCGAUUAUCCAAUGACAGACGGACAGCUACGCAGCAAGAGAGACGAAUUUUGGGAUACAGCACCAGCUUUUGAAGGUCGCAAGGAAAUCUGGGAUGCUUUGAAGGCUGCAGCACAUGCAUUUGAGAACAAUGAUCAUGAAUUGGCACAAGCAAUCAUUGAUGGUGCAAACAUAAUGUUACCCCAUGGUGCUCUUACAGAGUGUUAUGACGAACUGGGAAACAGAUACCAGCUUCCUGUCUACUGUCUGGCCCCGCCUAUCAACAUGAUUGAAGAGAAGGGUGACCUAGAGACUCUGGAUAUUCCUGAUCCACCACCCAACUCUGGCCACGAGUGCCAGCUUCGUUUACGUCUUUCCACUGGCAAAGACCUCAAACUUGUAGUCCGCAGUAUGGACACCGUGUAUCACAUGAAAAGAAGACUGCACACGGUGGAGGGUGUGGAGCCCAGCAGUCAGCGAUGGUUUUUUUCAGGCAGGCCAUUGGCAGACAAAAUGAAACUGGAGGAGCUCAAAAUACCAAGGGACUAUGUGGUGCAAGUCAUUGUGAGCCAGCCCUUAAACCCCACCCCAGUGGAAAACUGACUUUGCCCGUUUGUCUCUCCUUUCUUCCUCUCGCUCUUUUUAUCACGUGAGAACUUUUUUUUCACUCUUUCCACCUUCUAUCCUGUUAAUGGAUUGGUUCCAAGCAAUGACCAGCAAAAAUUCCAUCUGUGAUGGAGUUUUAGGGGACAUACACACACACAUAAACACAGACAGAGUCUAGAAACUGCCCCAAAGAGUUUGCCCAGUUUUAACGUUCAAAAGCACAGCAAGAAACUCCUAACAAAAUUAAUGGGAAGAUGUGUUUGCAUGAGGGAACUUGUAGUUUAAACAUGAUAAGAGUUGUAAACAAUGCUUUGAAUUGUAAGUGAAGUAUUGAUCCACGAUGGUAGAAAGCACUUUUUUUAAAGGAGUCAACCAAAUUGAAGUAUUUCAUGAAAUCAGCAACGCUUACAGUGCAGCCAAUCAGAGUAGCUGUUCUGGUAGAUCUAAUGUGCUGUAAUAUUUGUAAGGAUUGUUUCUCUUCUGGUUUCACUUACUUGCUCAAUGAGGCUACUACUUAAAGAGGGUGAUAAAGGGCCAUGAGACAGACCUUUUGCAUAUAUUCUGAUGAUGGCAUGAUCCCUAGUGCAGGCUUUUAUACAAGGUUUGGUACAUUCCAGCUUAGCAACAAAUUGUCAUUUGCUUUAGCACAUGAUAAAUACUGCCUUCUGAAAAAAAAUCAGGCAAUAAUUUAAUACAUGCAUAUAUUUUACAGAACAUCUCAUGAAAUGAAACAUUAGUGGCUACAAGGAAACGUCUAUUAUUUACUGGCUCCAGAAAACGGGCUUACCAAAUUAUUGUAUACAUUGCUGGUCUAGUUGAAAAGCUAUUUACUGGAGGAGCACCAGCUAAAAAAGGACACACAACGUCUAUUACUUAGUAUACUAAUGCUUUCGCUCAACAAUUGUAAAUGUCUUUGAUUCAUAGCAAUAUUUGUGAAAACAAAAGAGAAAAAGCACAGGAACUUCAAGUCAUACAUAAGACAAGGCAUGCGGCUUUCUGAUCAGCAUCUUUUGGAUAUAGUUCUUCCCACUUGAGUUUCAUGUUUGCUACCUAUAAUUUGGAUUGAGAUGUAUAAUCUUGGUCAAUAGUUCUAUAUAUGUCCCUCUGUCUUUCAAGAGAAAUGAAAAGAAGGAUUAAGACUUCUUGGCAGGUAAAAAUACCACAGUUCCUAGAGCAGUCUAAUCACCCUAACUUUACAGAACAUCACUAGAUCUUGGAAUACAAAGAAGCGUUGUGCUGUACUUUCCCCAGAUCUAAAGGCAUUUUGGAAUCUUAUUAGAGGUGGGAAGUUUAUAGAAAUAAGUCGAUUUUAUGGGUUCAUGAAAAAUGGUUCACGUCCAAUGAACUUUCCCAUAAGAGAGAAAAGUUCAGGUGUCCUUUAACUUUCCUGCCAUUGUUUCAGUUAUGCCUUUUUCACACACACGUGUCUGACAGCGUAUAGACCUGUGCAUCAGAAUGGAUAGGUCUCUUUUUCUAGUUAGUAAAUUUCAAAAUACCUUUCAUUUGUCACUAGCAAUAUCAUUGAGUAUUCACCCUUUAAAAUGUGAAAGCACUUUGGGGGAAAUUGGUAAGGAUUUUUGAUAUAUAUUCUGUUAAAUUUGAAUGAACACUGAAUGAAUCAAUCUUAAAACAGAUUGUCCCUUUUAAAAGGUUGAUCUAGUUCUUUUGAGGCUUCUCAGAACUUCUGUUACGUCAUUUGUUCUGGUGUGUUUUGAUGUGGACAUAACUUGUGUUAGCAGUGCUGUUAAGUUUUCAGGUAACUUUCACUAACUACUUUCUCUUGCUAAGCACCAAAUCUACUUGUCUGUUUGCAUGUGGUGCUCUUUUUCAAAUUUUAUCUUAUUAUGUUGACUUGAAAAGCAUGGACUUUGGUCCACUGAUAGUGCAAUCUAGAGUGGACAUUUUCUCUUUGCAUUGAAAAGAGCUACACUAAAGUGUCCUACAUACUAAUUUAGCCUUACUUGGGUUAUUUUUGCUGUGACAGGUAGGAACUACUAAACCAAUGGAUUGAACCUUUCAAGAUCAAAGGGAUUCCAGUGUAGAAAAGACUACAAGUUUUUAAAGGCAGACGUGAUAGUCUUUGUCGUAUUUGAAACUACAUGCCAUACAGACCUGAAUGUAUCAUUGUGUAUCACAAACACAGCAGUCUUUUCCUGCCUGGUCCUCUCAAUGUAUUUGAGGUGUAAAUGCUGAUAACAAUACCUGGCAGUAACACGGAGCCAAAGAGGAUCUGUGUUCUAGACAUUAGCUAAGUUCCUCACUUUCCCUGGUACCAUGAUAACUUUCACCACUAUUAAAAACAAACCAUUAAUUAAGAUAAAACAAUACAGAUCCUGCAUCUCUCUCUAAAGGUGUAUGAUAACAUUCUUAACUGUGAAUCUUUCCUAGCUCAUCCCACAUGUUGAAUUUUAAGCAAACUGGAUCGCUGCUCACAAACUUUAAAAGCUUCGUAUGCCUCUUGGGUUUUCAGCCAUGCAGUUGAUGUUUAAUACAGUUCCUUUGCCUUUCAAAAUGCCAGUGUUGCUAUAUUGUGUGUAAGCCAUGGCCUUUACAUACCAGAAACAUGCCUCACAAAAUAAAGUACAUACCCGUUCUUUAUUUUUUUCGUUAUGAAAAGGGACAAGAUUAUUAUAGCUGUUAAAGAGUGAACCAAGCUAUGAGUUGGCUAGUAUAAUCUCUGCUGUCCUUUUUAGAAUGUGUUUUUCAAGAUUUUUGGAAAUAAUUGUUUCUAAAUCAUGUUGCUUGAUGGUACAGUUUUCCACCUAGCAUUUUAACGAUUUGGUAAACAGCUUCAAAAGUCACUGGCUGUAAAAUGCUCUGCAGGAACCUGAGUGUUCUCAGAGAACAAUUACAAGAAGAUAUUUAAGCACCUCUACAUCCCACACACAGACAUUCUUUAACCUCUUUUCAUGAUUACAGUGGAAACUCUACAGGAUAGAAUUUGAUUCUUUAAAAGAAAUGCUACUGUACUCUUUCACCAAUUAUUCACAUUCUUUUCUUUCAUAAAUGCGUACAAAUUAGGGUGUGUGAAGGAAUAAAAAUGUUUUUGGGCGGCAGUUUUAAAGGGGACGAUAUGCAAAUAGCUAGAUAGUGCUGUCCUGUAAAAAACCAAGGCGCCUCACUCCCAUCCUUUCAAUUAUAAUGGAGUGGUUUUGCCAGAAAACGUUGACAAUUCCAUUGAAAAUAGCAAAGAUUCUGGCAGUAAUGAAGGGCCAUUUUAAAAUUUGUGCAUAAAUCUAUGUGAGUGGUAACCUAAUAUAUAUACCUCCCUUUUGCAUUCAAGGAUUGUUGUCUACCCUUUCAAGCUCACUGUCUCUGAACAGAAGUAAUCCCUCAGGAAUCAUGAACUGCACAUAUCUCAGAACAAAUAGGAGCCAUUUAUAGAGGCCGUUUUCCCACUGAGCUUACUUCGGAGCGACGUCCCUCUUCACCGCGCAGCGUCUGCGCGGAUUUCCCACCAACUGCUCCGAGGCUGCUCCAAGGAACCAGGAGGUUCACGACCUUUCGUCGCAAAUGUAAACCGCCAAAAACCAGUUUACAUUUGCGACGCAAAAGCCGUGGGACUUUGCGGCUCUUCCGGGUUCUGCAGAGCAGUUGGUGCGAAAUCCGCGCAGGCUCUGCACGGUGAAGAGGGACGUCGCUCCGGAGUAAGGUCAGUGGGAAAACGCCCAGAGUUUGUUCUUCCCUCCAGGGGGAGCUAUUUUUAAGGGAUAAACUUGACUAGAGAUAAUGAAUAACCUUUGAUCAAUGAUGUGAUGCAAGGCAAGUAUUCCCUUCACUGCUUUGAAAUGGCAUUUAAAAUAAGGAAGUUAAAACUGUUGGUUUCAUUGGUGAGUCUAUAACCCUCAGCGGUUUCAUUCAUUAUUCUAAGGGAAGAGCAAUUCAAGCAAGCACUGAAGUGCAUCUCCAGUCGAUUUUUUUUUGUACUUAGACUGGCUCCAGUCUUGCUACCAGAUUUCCCUAUUUCAUAAUGGAGAGUGACCAUCCUAGUCUAGAACCUGUGACCCCAGGCUGAUUGAUUUAAGAUGACGUACUACGAAGGCAAAACACUUUAAGCUAUCAAGUGCAAGGAGUAACUGGACAGUUUUCAUUACAUCUAGAACAGAUUUGCUUACCACUCCUAAUCAACAGUCAGCCCCAUGGUAGUGAGUUAUUUCUAGAAGCUCACGAUAGCAGCAGGUCUGUUAGCAAAGAGACUUGGUUUUUCAUGCCUGUUAUUGCAGAGGUGUUACUAGCACGUGACCCAGAAAUAAUAGGCUCCAUAAUCUGCUUGUCCUGGAAGAGCUUGAAAGGCAAAAGAACAGCAGUGAUGGUUAUGCAACAUUACCGUCCUCCAUAUUUUGAAAAAGACAUGUAAGGAGUUUUGGUCAAGUGCAUAUUUGUAGCAUGAGGCUCACACACGGUCUGCCCCGCUACCAGUUGCUUAGGAUGAACAGCGAAUUUAAGGAAACUGACACCUCAGUUGGUUUUAAUACUUUUCUCGUUCAUAAAAAGAUAUUACUGGGAAAAAAUGUCAUUGAAAUGCCAGCGGGUAAACUGGGCUUAGAAGCAUAUUGGUGGGCAAAGAGAAUAUCUUCUGCUUUUUUAAAAGUUCCAUGGUUCAUUUACCAAAAAAAAAAAAAUCAUCAAGAAGAUUUGUCUGACGAAGCACUGAAUUCAGUUAGGUGACAAUGUGUGAUGUAACAAAAUAAUAAUUGUAAACUAACAAGAUGAGGAUAAUGGCCCUGCAUAUUAAGUCCAUUGGUAGUCAUGGGAAACAAUUUUUAAAAACCUCACACCUAGGUUAGUGCAGGUUUGCAUUGUUUUAAAAAAUUCAUUUUAGCAUUGCAGUCGUUGACAUAUUAAUCUCUUAACAGGCCUCUGUCCUGUUGUUUAAUGGUUAUGCAUAUACCUCUGGAACUAGUUUUCUAGCAGAGAUCAUGUCCUCUUUUUUUUUUUACAGAUCUGUGCCUGCCUGGAAUAUUUUAAACUUAAGAGGAUAUGAAUCUUUGUUUAAAUAGUUGCUAAACAAGUUUCUUUAGUUAUUUGGCAAUAAUAUUCCAUCCUGGGGUCUAUCUCUAUUGCAGCCCUCUUUUCCCAAGCGUAAAAAUGGACACCUAACAAUGUGAAUGGUGUAAAGAACUAUUAUCUCUGGGAAUAUUUGAAAUGAUCUAUUUUUUCAAUAUGUUAAUUACAAAGCAAGUGAAGCAACACUGUCAAGAACUUAACUGGCUCUUUUGAUUAAUAGCUGUUAGUUUUUUAAAAAAAUUGUUCUGUGUCCAGUGAGUAUUUUUUGAUUUAGUUAAGCAAUUCUUUUGCACUCUGUCUCUCUCUCUUCACUUUACCUGCAUGUACAUUUUUUGUUCCAUUUAACAGGAGCCCAGGAUCAUUCCAGAGAUGUAAUACUCCUUUCCAAAGUGGCAUGUAUUGUAGUGUGUAUCAGCAAGCUUAUAAGCACAAAUAAUAUAAAGGUAAACAAAGGAUAAAUCAGUUUAUUCAAUUAAGAGAUUUGAACUUUACUGGUCUGAUCUUCUAGGGCAAUCCGUGAAAAAAAAUAUGGUCAGUUCCUUUAAGGAUGGUCAUGCAUCUGGAUAUUUCUUGAUACUGUGCAAAUGAUCCAUGGAACCAAACCAUAAUGUCAAAAUCAAAAAUGUAAGCGCGAUUAUCAUCAUGAGGAAUAUUAAGAAUGCAACUGGUUACAUGGCUCCCUUUUCCGGCAACUGAACCCAGCUAAAGACGGGACAAAAGUUUAAUGGAAUUAAAAAACAAAACCUAACACCGCAUAAUAUGCUGGGGCUUUAACUGAAAUAACAAUAUGAUCUUGAGUCAAGAACCUUACCGGUGCCUCUCUUCUCCAUGUCCUAGGAAUGUCUAGAAACUGGAGAUAGCCUUUUGAGCAAUGUCUACAAUGUUGUGCACUAGGCAGCUGGAGUUGUGUAAAGACACUCUUCUUUAAUGCGUUUGUGAGCAAAGGACUUGGGUUUUAUGUCCUGUUUGCCUCAUGGUAGUGGCUUCCAAAGAUGGCUGGUACCAUCAAUUUGUAUUUCUUGAAUAAAUACCUUCUCUUUUCUGGUAAACCCUUUUUUGUACAGUGUUUGUUGUGUGCUAUGUAUCAAGCAUUCAUGUAACUUGGAUAAGAUGGUUGGUAAUCUAGUACCAAUACAGAAGCGGUAUCAGUGGCUAAAAAGGGAAGAUGGGUGAGGGGGGAUUACAAUGAUGUGACAUUUCCCCCUGUAACUUUUAUAAAAUUAAAGCAUCUUUUAGCUGUA